GCCAUAAUUCAGUGGUUGUCAUGGAGAUUAUGGAAGAAGGUGAUGGAUUUUAGGGAAUACCAUCUACUUUAUUUUUAUUGUUAGUUAUCUCUGCUGACCUUUGUUAUUAGGAAGUACCUAUUUUCUAAUGUUUCCCCAACAUUUAGUCAAUUUACCAUAACCAUAACUUUGAAGCCAGUUGGGGUAAACAGAAACCCUACAUCUUGAUACUGGGCAUCAUGAUGCUGCUGAAUAUGACAUUGUACCUCAGCAGAGAUGUUGUUGUUUCAGGUAAGUGAACUUCAUGAUCUAGCCAGGCAAAAAUAACUUUGUGAAAUGGUAAUAAUUUGUUUUAUCCUUUAAAUGGGUUUUGAUCGAAACAGAUCACAUCUCCCAGGCUAUGAGAAAGCUGGUAUUUGGGAGUGACAAGUUCUAGAACUUUGAUAGUUCUUAAUAAUGUUUAAUAUAUUAGGAAACUCUGAAGUUAGGAAAACUAAUCCACUGUUUUUUUUUUAGGGUCUCUUUAGCAUAAAGAUAGCUUUAGAAAAAAUCUUUUUUUAGUUGGGGGGAGGUUUCUGCAUUUUGAGCAAUGUUUUUUUUUUCUUUUUAAAUUGAGAAAUGACUAGGAAAAUUAAAGAAAACCUUUCUCAGACUGUUCAAACAUUCCAAGGGGGGGGUGGGGGAGAGGGAGAACUCAUUGCUGCUAAUCUCCGUCAUGCUUUCCCACUCUCCCUCCCUUCUUCCUUGAUCAUAACUUGUGAUCUUGGAGGCAUGAAAGAAUUUGAGCCCUUCCCCCCUCCUGAGCAUCUCCUCCUCCUACUUCCUAGCCAGCCAGGACCCAUGUCAAAAAGGGUCUGUUGUGCAAAACUUUGAGCUACUCCCAAGAGGUGGUGGUAUUGUAGUGAGGAACUUUACUUUCCAGGCAUGAGUGACAGCAAUGGUCAGACUAGGAUUCAAAAGUACACAUCCCUAGCUAAAUUUGGCGUCUUUAACUACACUGAACUCCCUAGAAGAUCUACAGGCAGACUUAUCAUGCAUAGCAUGGCUAUGUUUGGCAGGGAAUUUUGCUAUGCUGUAGAAGCUGCUUAUGUGACCCCAGUGCUGCUCAGUGUGGGCCUGCCCAAAAGUCUGUAUAGUAUGGUUUGGCUCAUUAGUCCCAUCUUAGGCUUCAUGCUGCAACCAGUAGUGGGAUCAGUCAGUGACCACUCUAAAUCCAGUUGGGGCAAACGGAGGCCCUACAUCUUGACACUGGGCAUCAUGAUGCUGUUGGGCAUGGCAUUGUACCUCAACGGGGAUGCUGUCAUUUCAGCUAUGAUUUCAAAGCCAAGCAAAAAACUGACCAACUGGGCCAUAACCAUCACCAUGCUGGGUGUAGUGCUCUUUGACUUUGCAGCUGACUUUAUUGAUGGCCCCAUCAAAGCUUAUUUGUUUGAUGUUUGCUCCCAUCAGGAUAAAGAGAAGGGUCUCCAUUACCACGCACUUUUCACAGGUUUUGGAGGUGCUCUUGGUUACCUUUUGGGUGCUAUAGACUGGAGUAAUUUGGAACUGGGAAGAUUACUGGGCACAGAAUUUCAGGUCAUGUUCUUCUUCUCGGCUCUGGUGUUUACCACUUGUCUCAUCAUACACUUGUGUAGCAUCCCUGAAGCACCACUCUGUGAUAACCAAGAAGUCAACACGCUACAGGACAACCCACAGGAUCCUCUGCUGAUGCAGAAUGGAAGCUGUCCUUAUGGUUCUCUAGAAAAAGUCAGAAAUGCUUAUAUGAAAACAGAGCAAACUGAACUAGCCACAGUAAAACUGGAAGAAGCCAGGGAAAAUAAUGAAGAGCAGACUCAGAGCAAGAUGACCAUGAAGUCUUUGCUGAAGGCUAUUUUGAGUAUGCCUUCUCACUACCACUAUCUCUAUAUCAGCCACCUCAUUGGAUGGACAGCUUUCCUUUCCAAUAUGCUCUUCUUCACGGAUUUCAUGGGACAGAUUGUGUACCAUGGGGAUCCUUAUGCUCCGCACAAUUCUACGAGUUUUCGCACCUAUGAAAGAGGAGUGGAAGUUGGAUGCUGGGGCUUGUGCAUCAAUUCAGUAUUUUCCUCAUUGUAUUCUUAUUUUCAGAAAGUUCUGUUAUCCUACGUGGGAUUGAAAGGUCUUUAUAUUAUGGGAUAUCUGCUCUUUGGCCUAGGGACUGGAUUUAUUGGACUUUUUCCCAAUGUCUAUUCCACUCUGGUCCUGUGUGGCCUCUUUGGAGUGAUGUCGAGCACUCUGUACACCGUACCCUUCCACCUUAUUGCUGAAUACCAUCGGGAGGAAGAGGGGCAACAAGACACAGGUUUGGUCUCCAGUAGUGGCAGAGGGAAGGGAAUCGACUGUGCUGCCCUGACCUGCAUGGUACAGCUGGCUCAGAUCCUGAUUGGAGUAGUCCUGGGGUUCUUAGUCAUCUCUGCUGGCAGUGUGAUUGUGGUGGUGAUUGUGGCUUCAACUGUGGCCUUAUUUGGCUGCUGUUUUGUGGCUUUCUUUGUUAGAUACGUGGAAUAAAACAAUAAACAGUGGAAUUGUAUCAAUUCAACAAGCAAUCUCAUCCCUCUGGUUCUUUAUGAUUUGCCAAUCAGCAGAAGGCUUGUAUUUUCUUCAGGGGAAUAAAAAGAAAAGAAGACACAGUCCUUAUACUUUAAGAGAUUACCGUCUAAAAGGGAAGGUAAGAAAGGCAAUAAAUGACCUGUUCAUGCAUCAAUUUCCAGCAGGUCUCAGAAAAAUAAUCACUAUUAACUCAGACAUCACUUGCUCAAAAGAUAGCAUGAAAAGGCCAUCUUUUGGUGGAAAAGGUAACUGCAGCGUUUUUUACCUUUAUAGCUGUGAAACCAUGACCAUGCUAAGAAGCAUUCUCAUACUGGGUUGUUAUGUACCAGAUGUGCCUAAAUGUCUCCCAAAAUGGACAUUUUUCAUUUCUGGUUUUAGGUUUAUAUUUUAAAGCAGAGGUUAGUUGUUAAUUUUUUCAAAUUAAGUUUGCUCAUGUUUUAGUUUCUUUAGUUAGAUGAAUAAAAAUAAUAUGCUUAAUCGUUAAAUACUGAACACAUAUUCACUUUAAAAAAUUAAAAUUCCAUGUGCUCUCAGUGAAAUGUGCUAUGUAUGCAUAUCUCCCCAUAGGUUUUUCUGUAGCUCUGUCUACCUGUCAGACGUGAUUCUUAUAGAACCUAAAACUCCAGGUGUGGUGGGAACUAAUUGUCUUUAUUCUUUCCCCUCAAUUCGUCUAGAAAUAUUUCAC